GUCACUACAUAUUUCCAAAUGCCUGAGCCAGCGAAGACCGCGCCCAAGAAGGGCUCCAAGAAAGCCGUUACCAAGACUGCAAGUAAAGCUGGGAAGAAGAGAAAGCGAUCCAGGAAGGAGAGCUAUGCAAUCUACGUGUACAAGGUCCUGAAGCAAGUCCAUCCCGAUACUGGGAUUUCAUCCAAGGCGAUGAGCAUCAUGAACUCUUUCGUCAAUGACAUCUUCGAACGAAUUGCAUCUGAGGCCUCACGUUUGGCGCACUACAACAAGCGUUCUACUAUUACAUCAAGAGAAAUUCAAACAGCUGUUCGACUGUUGCUUCCCGGUGAACUGGCAAAACACGCCGUUUCCGAGGGUACAAAGGCCGUCACCAAAUACACCAGCUCCAAGUAGACGCUACUUCAAUUCAAUCCAACGGCUCUUUUAAGAGCCACCUACUUCCUCGGAAAGAAUGUAUAUUCCUAUGUGACAAAGUAGUCUGUGACUAAAUCUUACAUAGAACUGCAAUAAAUGCUAAAUCUAUUCGUACGAUACAACAUCUUGACGCAUCAUUAAAUUGCUCAGACACCCGCAAAAAUUGCACCCAGAAUAUAGUACAAUAUUAAUUACCGCGCAGUUGGAUGUGCGACAUAUAUUAAACCUUUCUGACAUGACAAUGCCCGUUUGAAAAUGAACAUUAACUAUUAGGGUAUUAAAUAAAACCCCAAAACUGCCUCAGGCACAGUGGUCCUGUCGUAAGAUUGGUUUUGGUGGUUUGUGAAAACCACAGAACAUUUUCUUACAGUAAAUAAACAGG